AUGAACCUGCUGCUAGCUUUGUGUCUGGUUGCGCUGCAACCGGCGAUACUAUGGAGUCGCUCGGUUGACGCCCGCGCCGCACCUUCGCACUCUAAAUCGCAUUCCUCUGAAUCAGCGUCUGAGUCGUGGGAAUCCCAGGAAACCGUGGAAUCCCUGGAGUAUCCUGAGUCUCCGGAAUCACAAGAAGUUAUAAACUCCGAUCUCGUCUCACAACGACAAAAUAUUGCCGGGCUCCUAGUUCCACUCAUCGAACGAGGGCUCUCUAACGAACAUCGUCCUGGACAUAAGAAAAAAGUAAUCCAAGUUCUACCUUUCCGCACCUCUGCCCACCGCAACCCACGCAAAAAACAUGUUGUUGAAAUCACACCGCUACACAGAAAGGGGCGGGAUGGAAAGCCUUUAGCUUAUAUUCUAGCACCCGCCAAGAGUGACCUGAGACGACCUUACGUCAAACAUCCGGAUAAACAUCGUUCAGAGCAUGGGCCCAAUGACUACAAUGGCCAUCAUACACGAAAAAAAACACUAAAGAAACAGAGAAAAACAAAUCCUAGUGAAGAAGUUACAACAGAAGAAAUUGACAACUCAAACAGUCCAGAGGAACAAGAUUCAUCGGAAGAGCAGACAGUACCCACUAAUAAAUCGAGAGGCCAAACAGAGGAGAAUGACCAAAAUAGUGAUGAAAGCAGCGACAAUUCAGAUUUCAAACGAAAACACAAGUCUGAACCAGAUCACAUGUCCCAUCUACAUGAUAGUAAUGAAGAUGAGAAUAGUAAAUCCGCAAGCGAUCCCCCUUCAAGUGAGAAUUCAAAAUCAGCAGGAGACAGUGGUGCAUCAGAACUAUCCCAGUCUUUGGAAAAUCGAACUGUAGAUAACACUUCUGCAAGUAACGAUCAAGGGUCUUCUAGUGACAGUUCCAAUGCAAGCAAAUCGUCGUGGGAUGAAUCUACUUCCAUUAAAAGUGGUGAAAGUGAUGAUAUCAAAAGCCAACCGGAUGCUGAGACUAAUGACCGUUAUUAUAGCUUAGAGCUUAAGCAAGAAGAAUUAAAAAGCACAGAAAAAAAACAAACAACCACCGAAAUCACCACCCCCCUACUAACUACAGAAAGUCAGUCUAAAUCUACUGAAUCGAAGCGUGAUGAACCAUUUACCCAACACAAACACGAACACACCACAAAAAACCAUAAGCAACACACUAAGUAUCAGUACGACGAUGUACACCUCAAUAGCCACCACAACCAUAGACAUUAUAAAGAGGAGUAUGAAUACCAUCAUAUAGCACAUACAAUUGAGAAACCAAAACUUUCCGAAGAUUCGAGAGGAAUUUAUGACACAGAGACAGCUGAAAAGGCUGACAAUAACCAUCUUGAAGUGGCAAAAAAAAGUGAGAGUGAUGACAAAGAAGAAAGAUCGACAGAGGCUAGCAGGAAAAACUCAGCAAAAGAUAUAGAAGAGAAAAAAAAUACACUCAAAGCACAUAUGCUUAAGGAAGAUAGCCAAUCAAACAAACCAGAAGAAGACAGGAGAUCUGAUUUAACAAAGAAAGAAAGUAAUUUAGACAAACCAGAAGGAGAAGAUAGAUCAGAUGAUGCAAUUGAAGAAAACAAUUCAGACAAACCACAAGAAGAAAGAAAAAUAGACAAACCAAAACAAGAAAGCAAAGCAGGUGAACCAAAAGAAGAAGUAAAAUCAGAUGAACCAAAGGAAGUAAGCAAAUCUAGUAAACCAAAAGAAAAAGGCAAACCACAAGAAGAAAUAAAUUCGAAUGAACCAAAGGAAGUAAGCCAAACAAGGAAACUACAAGAAGAAAGCAAUUCAGGUAAAUCAAAGGAAGAAAGUGAAUCAGACGCCCUACCCGAAGAAAGUAAAUCAGAUGAACCACAAGAAGAAAGUCAAUUGGAUGAACCAACAGAAGAAAAUGAGUCAGACGAAUCACAAGAAGAUAGUAGGUUGGAUGAACCAACAGAAGCAAAUAUGUCGGACAAACCAAAAGCAGACAUUACGUUGGAUGAACAAACAGAAGAUAAUAAUUUGGGCAAACCAAAAGCACACACUAAGUCGUAUGAACCAACAAAAGAAAAUAAGUCGGAAAAACCAGAAGCAGAUACUAAUUCGAUUGAACAAACAGAUGAAAAUAGGUCGGACAAACCAAAAGCAGACUCUAAGUCGGAUGAACCAAUAGAAGAAAAUAAGUUGGACAAACCAGAAAUAGAUACUAAGUCGGAUAAACCAAUAGAAGAAAAUAAAUCGGACAGAUCAAAAGCAGAUACCAAGUCGAAUGAAACAACAAUAGAAAAUAAACCGGACAAACCAAAUGCAGACACCAAGUUAGAUGAACAAACAGAAGAAAAUAAGUCGGACAAACCAAAAGCAGAUUCUAAGUCGGAUGAACCAAUAGAAGAAAAUAAGUCGGACGAACCAAUAACAGAUACCAAUUCGGAUGAACCAACAGAAGAAAAUAAAUCAGACAAACCAAAAGCAGACACUAAGUCGGAUGCACCAACAGAAGAAAAUAAGUCUUACAAACCAGAAGCAGAUACCAGUUUGAAUAAAUCAACAGAAGAAAAUAAGUCGGACAAACCAAAAGCAGACUCUAAGUCGGAUGAACCAAUAGAAGAAAAUAAGUCGGACAAACCAAAAGCAGAUUCUAAGUCGGAUGAACCAAUAGAAGAAAAUAAGUCGGACGAACCAAUAACAGAUACCAAUUCGGAUGAACCAACAGAAGAAAAUAAAUCAGACAAACCAACAGCAGAUACCAAGUCGGAUGAACUAACAGAAGAAAAUAAAUCGGACCCAAAAAAAGCACCCUCUAAGUCGGAUAAACCAACAGAAGAAAAUAAGUUGGACACACCAGAAGCAGAUACUAAUUUAAAUGAAACAGCAGAAGAAAAUAUGUCAGACAAACCAAAAUCAGAUACUAAGUCGGAAGAACCAACAAAAGAAAAUAAAUCGGAUAAACCAGAAGCAGAUACCAGUUUGAAUAAACCAACAGAAGAAAAUAAGUCGGACAAACCAAAAGCAGACUCUAAGUCGGAUGAACCAAUAGAAGAAAAUAAGUCGGACAAACCAAAAGCAGAUUCUAAGUCGGAUGAACCAAUAGAAGAAAAUAAGUCGGACGAACCAAUAACAGAUACCAAUUCGGAUGAACCAACAGAAGAAAAUAAAUCAGACAAACCAAAAGCAGACUCUAAGUCGGAUGAACCAAUAGAAGAAAAUAAGUCGGACGAACCAAUAACAGAUACCAAUUCGGAUGAACCAACAGAAGAAAAUAAAUCAGACAAACCAAAAGCACACAGUAAGUCGGAAGAACCAACAAAAGAAAAUAAAUCGGAUAAACCAGAAGCAGAUACCAGUUUGAAUAAACCAACAGAAGAAAAUAAGUCGGACAAACCAAAAGCAGACUCUAAGUCGGAUGAACCAAUAGAAGAAAAUAAGUCGGACAAACCAAAAGCAGAUUCUAAGUCGGAUGAACCAAUAGAAGAAAAUAAGUCGGACGAACCAAUAACAGAUACCAAUUCGGAUGAACCAACAGAAGAAAAUAAAUCAGACAAACCAAAAGCAGACACUAAGUCGGAUGCACCAACAGAAGAAAAUAAGUCUUACAAACCAGAAGCAGAUACCAGUUUGAAUAAAUCAACAGAAGAAAAUAAGUCGGACCAACCAAAAGCAGACUCUAAGUCGGAUGAACCAAUAGAAGAAAAUAAGUCGGACAAACCAAAAGCAGAUUCUAAGUCGGAUGAACCAAUAGAAGAAAAUAAGUCGGACGAACCAAUAACAGAUACCAAUUCGGAUGAACCAACAGAAGAAAAUAAAUCAGACAAACCAAAAGCACACAGUAAGUCGGAUGCACCAACAGAAGAAAAUAAGUCGGACAAACCAGAAGCAGAUACCAGUUUGAAUAAACCAACAGAAGAAAAUAAGUCGGACCAACCAAAAGCAGACUCUAAGUCGGAUGAACCAAUGGAAAAAAAUAAGUCGGACGAACCAAAAUCAGACUCUAAGUCGGAUGAACCAAUAGAAAAAAAUAAGUCGGACGAACCAAAAACAGAUACCAAGUCGGAUGAACCAAUAAAAGAAAAUAAAUCGGACAAAGCAAAAGUAGAUACUAAGUUGGAUAAACCAACAGAAGUAAAUAAAUUGAACAAGCAAAAAGCAGAUACUAAAUCGGAUGAACCAAAUAAAGAAAAUGAAUCGGACAAACCAAAAGCAGAUCCUAAGUUCGAUGAACCAACAGAAGAAAAUAAGUCGGAUAAAUCAGAAACAGAAAUAGAGUCAGAUAAACAAACAGAAGAAAAUAAAGCGUUGAAAGCAACAGAAGAUAUAGAGAAACGUGAAAGUAAAAUUGGUACAGAAGAAGAAGAGAGUUCUGCGCGGGCGCAUCGAGGCUGUAAACAUGCAAGAGAGCAUUCUCAUGGCAAGAACUCAAAAAAAGGCAGGGCUACAAAAAAAAUUACUAAUGACCCUCCUUGGAUAGGGAAUCUAAGCGAGAUCCUCGCCCAACUUCGAAUACAAACUAGGUCCUCUGAAAUAGACAAUAACCUAAAAAGCCGUGGCAAGCAGUUGCAAGGCAGUUUAAGAAGACUUUCAAAGUGUAAGGGACAUAAACAUGUACCAUCAUCGGACGAAGUAGACCACAAAAGCUCGCGGCCCUGCAAAACUAUUGCCCAUUCGGGUUCGCCGAGAGAGACCAUUCAUGAACAUAAAUCUUACAGACUGUCCUUUUUAUUCAAUAAAUAA